AGGCGUUGGCUGCUUGGUGUGACUGUUCUAGUUAAACCUGAGACGGUCAAGAAGACGUCCUUUAGAUAAUCUUUUUACACUCCUAAAGGGCACGGAGGAAAAUUCUUACACAUAUUUUUUUAAUUUUUAUUAAUAAUAUCUCAUAGUGUUUCUCCCGAAGCUGUCGCUAUGAUCAAAAACGGCCACCACGCGACCGAUGAGCAGCGGGAUGAAGCCGGCUGCAGUAAGCCGGGAGGGUUAAUGUGCAGCCCGGAGAAAAGGAAGAGGGUGGUACGGUUGUGGUGUGACGGCUGUUAUGACAUGGUUCACUACGGUCACGCCAACUCACUGCGGCAGGCCAAGGGCAUGGGAGACUACCUCAUUGUAGGAGUGCACACCGACGCUGAAAUCUCCAAACACAAGGGCCCUCCGGUCUUCACUCAGGAAGAACGUUACAAGAUGGUGCGUGCCAUCAAGUGGGUGGAUGAGAUAGUAGAGGGAGCACCGUACGUCACAACGCUGGAGACUCUGGAUAAAUACAACUGCGACUUCUGUGUGCACGGAGAUGACAUCACACUGACCGUGGAUGGUAAAGACACCUAUGCAGAGGUGAAGCGUGAAGGCCGUUACAAGGAGUGUAGGCGCACUCAGGGCGUCUCCACCACUGACCUUGUUGGACGGAUGCUGCUGAUGACCAAAGCCCAUCACAGCAACAUGGAUAACCCAGAUUACCAGCAGCAUACAGACAACUUUGGGAAAGGUCCUAAAGGUCACAGCCCAUGGACAGGAGUGUCUCAGUUCCUCCAGACAUCUCAGAAAAUUAUCCAGUUUGCCUCGGGGAAGGAGCCUCAGCCUGGAGACACCAUCAUCUAUGUGGCCGGGGCAUUCGACCUUUUCCACAUCGGCCAUGUUGACUUCUUAGAGAUGGUUUAUAAGCAGGCGGAGAGGCCCUAUGUCAUCGUAGGCCUGCACUUUGACCAGGAAGUGAAUCGGUACAAGGGGAAGAACUACCCAAUCAUGAACAUCCACGAGAGAACGCUGAGUGUGCUGGCCUGUCGGUACGUGUCAGAGGUGGUGAUUGGGGCACCCUAUGCAGUGGGAAAAGACCUGCUGGAUCACUUUAAGGUGGACCUGGUGUGUCAUGGUAAGACUGAAGUGUUCCCAGACAAGGAUGGAUCAGACCCUUAUGCUGAGCCAAAGAAAAGAGGAAUAUUCAGGACCAUCGACAGUGGGAAUAAUCUCACCACUGAUGACAUUGUUCAGAGAAUCAUUGAAAACAGGCUGCAGUAUGAGGCCAGGAACCAAAAGAAGGAGGCCAAGGAGAUGGCGGUGUUCGAGGCAAUGAAGAGGAGAGAGCAGGAGGAUCAGCGUGAGGCUGCUGCUGAGGCUGCUCACUAAUGACACCUCAGACCUGGUAAUGUGGGCAUGCAGCUUUAAGAGGGUGGAUGGACGGCCUUUGUCGAUGUAAACUGGACUUCAUGAUUCGACCAGCAAAGCUAGUCUGUCUGUUCAAGUCCGCUAUGUGCAAAAUCCUGUUUGAAUGUUUGGUGAGGUGGCGUAUGUGUGUGUUUUAUACACUGCAGCGUUAGCGUCUCUGUCUAUACAGACUCCUUCAGCGUAAUGGGAUUAGAAUAGACAAGAACACCUGACUCAUAUGACUUGACCUGCAGAAUUCCUUUAAACACCCACAGAGAGCUUGUUAAUGUUUUCUUCUCUCAUGAAUUCUAACCAUAAAAUCACACUACCUGUUCUUGUCUAAGUUUAAAAACAGUGUAUGACGUUUUUAAGAAGCCAUAACUUAUUCAUAACAUUUUAAUAUCUGUGUGAGUUUUGCUUUUUCAGUUGUAAUCCCAUUUGUUUUUAUUGAUCAGUCUUAUCUGCGGCAUCAUUGAGUUGUUAUCCAUCCUGAAAACAAAACAGUUGCUUCUGUGUGAAAUGAUCUGUGAUGUAGUCUGAUUUUAACUGUGGAUUUUUAACUACCUGAAUUUGCACCAAGUGUGUGUGGUGAGAGAGAGUUUAGUGAGUGUGUUUGAGCUUGUAAUAAAUGACAUUAGUGCCUCAUUCCUAAAGCUAGAACUAAUUUAAGGGCUUUGACUUGUAUUUGAACCAGAGUAUCUCCAGAACUGUCCAUCAGUUUGUCCACUUUCAGAAACUAGGAUGUCCUAUUUUCUCUUGAAAAGACAAUCGAAGAGCUGAAGAACAUGGGACCCAGUGUUGUCGUUAAACUGCUUCUGUAAACCUUUUACAUAGUUGAAGCUCGCUGUGUGUUACUGGGGCUUACAGUAUCAAUAAUGAUGUGAGACAGUGUGUGUUUUUAAGUGUGUUCAUGGGAUUGUGGCAGGCUCAGGAAUCAAAUUUCUUAAUAUUAUAGUUGUGAAUUCUCAACCUCUCAAUUACUAUAUGAUGAUGUGUACUCUCCCUUUUAAUAAAUAAACUGCUCUAUUGUAAA